GGGCUCUCUGGCCAGGAUCCGCGCAGCACGCGGCUCGCCUGCUAGGCCCCUUGAGGUGCUGGAGCCUGGACGCUCUGCCCAGCAGGAACAGGGAGACGGGGACAAAUGGCUUCCCCUCGGCUCAGCCCAUAGGCGCGAAUGGCUGUGGAGGAACUUCAGAGCAUAAUAAAAAGAUGUCAAAUCCUAGAGGAGCAUGAUUUUAAAGAAGAGGAUUUUGGCCUCUUCCAGUUAGCAGGCCAAAGAUGCAUCGAGGACGGGCAUGUAGACCAGCUGCUGGAAAUUAUUCAAGACGAAAAGAACAAGACCGUCAUCAAGUCCAUGGGCUGGAAUCUUGUUGGUCCUGUUGUCCGCUGCCUCCUGAGGAACGGGGAAGAGGAUGAAAGGAAGGACUGUUUGCUGGUGUUUGACUUACUAGUGAAGUUAUGUAACCCAAAGGAAUUGUUGUUGGGUUUGCUUGAACUCAUUGAAGAGCCCUCUGGAAAACGGAUUUCCCAAACUAUUCUUCUUUUACUUCAGCCACUACAGACAGUUAUUCAGAAGCUCCCCAACAAGGUGUACUCGGUUGGUUUGGCAUUGUCUACCCUUUGGAGUCAACUGUCUCUUCUCCCUGUGCCAUACUCUAAGGAACAAAUACAGACAGAUGAUUAUGGCCUUUGUCAGUGCUGCAAGGCCUUAACAGAGUUCAUGAGACCUUUUGUGGAAGAAGCAACUGAUAACAAAGAAAACAAAGAAAAUGAAAAGUUAAAAGAUGAAUUACUAAAAUUCUGUUGCAAGUGCUUGAAGUGCCCUUUGCUGACAGCACAAUUCCUUGAACAGUCUGAAGAAGUUGGAAAGGACCCUUUUUGGAGUUUUGCAUCUGAAAUAAUAGGAUUUUUAUCAGAAAUUGGACACCCUGUCCCCCAAAUUAUUCUUAAUCAUGGAAGGAAAAAAAGGACAUGGGGUUGCCUUGAGUUGGAGGAAGAAGAAGACAGACAGUUGGCAGACUCUGUGGCCUCUCUGACAUACCUAGUAUUUGUUCAGGGCAUCGGUAUUGAUCAGCUUCCAAUGGUCUUAAGCCCAUUGCACCUUUUGCAGCUGAACAUGGAACACAUUGAAGUGCUUCUGCAAAGAACAGAACAAUCUGUUUUCUCAAAAGGACUGGAACUUCUGGAGAACAGCUUACUGAGAUUAGAAGACAACAGCCUACUCCAUCGGUACUUAGAAAUCAAGAGUUUUCUCGCUGUGCCUCAGGGCUUAGUCAAAGUUAUGACACUUUGCCCCAUUGAGACAUUGAGGAAAAAGGGCUUGGCUUUGCUCCAGCUGUACAUCGACAAACUGGAUUCACAAGGCAAACACACACUAUUUAGGUGCUUAUUAAAUACAAGUAAUCACUCCGGUGUGGAAGGCUUCGUAAUUCAAAAUAUCAAAAAUCAGAUUGAUGCGUCAUUUAAGAAAACAUCUAACAAAUGGUUUGCAGGCCCUCAGCUGAUUUCGCUGUUGGACUUGGUACUGUUCCUUCCUGAGGGUGCUGAAACAGACUUACUGCAGAGCUCAGAUAGGAUUAUGGCUUCAUUAAAUUUAUUGAGGUAUUUGGUUAUCAAAGAUAAUGAAAAUGACAAUCAAACUGGAUUAUGGACAGAACUUGGAAAGAUUGAAAAUAAUUUUUUAAAGCCACUUCAUAUAGGACUUAAUAUGUCAAAAGCACAUUAUGAAGCAGAAAUUAAAAACAGCCAACGAAACAGCCAAGCAGCUUCGACGUGCAAAGGCGUCUGCUCUGUGACUGUAGGUGGAGAAGAAAUCCCUGCUAUGCCUCCUGAAAUGCAACUUAAGGUCCUGCAUUCAGCUCUUUUCACAUUUGACUUGAUUGAAAGUGUUCUAGCUCGAGUAGAAGAACUCAUUGAAAUCAAAACAAAGUCUACCUCUGAAGAAAACGUUGGAAUAAAGUAAAAAUUCU